UUCUAUCGCCGCAUACUCCCUCACCCGCCAUGGCGAUCGGUGGUGUAGUUGCAGUCGCUUUGGCGAUUUUAGGAUGUCUUCCCUAUGCAUCUUCAUCAUGCCAAUUACAUGGUCAACGCGAACUCGAAGACUUCCAGCGAACCCACAACGAUACAAUGUCCGACCUGAUCUUUCUAGUUGACACAUCGGGGAGCUUGCAGUACUGGUCUGGAGGAGGCUGGAAGAACGGGUUCGACGACGAGAAAGUAUUCGUCAACUCUCUGCUCAGCCAUAUCAGGGUCAGCUACAAGUCCACGUACGUCUCAGUGGUUCUCUUUGGCACAAGCGCCACGAUCGACAUCAACUACAUCUUCAACCCACACCCAAACAACCAUAAGUGUAAUUUCAGGCGAGAUUUUAGCAACCUGAGGUUCCGCAGCGGAAUGACGAAUAUGCAUGAUGCCUUCCAAGCUGCGUAUGACAUCAUCUUCGGCAAGUAUAGUGGGCAUAAGAGACCGACCCAUCAAGUGAAGACUGCCGUGUUUUUACUCACAGACGGUCAGUGGAAUUGGAACGGUGAUCCUUGGCCCAUUGCCAAGAGACUUAAGGACAGGGGGAUUGAGAUAUUCACUAUUGGUGUGACGAAUGGCGUUAACGUGAAUACCCUGAGAUCACUUGCGUCCCCCAACAACUAUUUCCACUACAAUGACUUCACACAGUUCCGUGAGCUCGCAACGUGCAUCCGAGGUGAUCCCUAUGAUAGUGACUGGCUCAUAGUUGGCGAUAAAAGCAAGUGUCAGUCAUGUGACCUACUGGCUGACUGCGCCUGCGGUUUGGUCAGUGGCAAGUAUAGAUGCGCGUGUCCGAAGGGAUACUACGGCUCCGGUUACACUCAAGACUGCCACAAGUGCGGGCCGUCGACGUACAAAGACUUUGUCGGUUAUGCAAAGACGUGUACUCCAUGUCCAGCUAACUCUGUACACACGAGGACUGGUUCCGACCGGAAGUCACACUGCGUUUGCAAAGAAGGCUUUGAUGGAAGCCCUGCCCAAGAGACACCUUGUACAAUCAUGCGCUGUCAGCCGAUCCCAAUCCCUGCGAAUGGGUAUGAGAAAGGAGGAAGCUGCAGUAACGAGUACGGUGCGACAUGCGAAGUGGCGUGUCACAAGGGAUUCGAGCUCACUGCUCCUGGAAUGCGUAGUUGUGUUCUUAACAGCCAUGGCGGGGUGCAGUGGUCCGGGACCGAGCCCAUGUGCAGGCAGAUAACAUGCCAGGCCCUUGAUGUCGCAAAUGCGAUUCCAAGGUCGGGCAAAUGCGUCCCUGAUGGGUCCUCGGCGUACGGCACCAACUGUACGAUCACGUGUAGCAUCGGGUACAUACGCAAGGGGUCGGCAUGGAGGGUCUGUCAGCAGGAUAAGACAUGGAGUGGGGAAGACACUGUCUGCGAAGAAAUCCGCUGCCCAAUGCUUAACUCUAUCUCACUGGCGCAAGUUAACCCGGCCACUUGCGUAUCACGUGAUCAGCGCUUCAGUACGGUGUGUCGGUUUGAGUGUCCAAGAGGAUAUGAAAUGAAAAAGUCCAAGUUACGGACCUUAUCACUGACAUGCGGGCUUGAUGGUCAAUGGAAUGGCAAACCUGAGACAUGUGACGAUGUCGAAGCACCGGAAAUCACGUGUCCACAGGACAUGACUGUCAACAAUGAACCCCAGAUGAGCUAUGCAGAGGUGACCUGGGACGAGCCAAUCAUCAAAGACAACUCCCAGGGAAACGAUCCUAAUGCUAAGAUCGAAAUCACGAAAUCCCACACCUCCCCCAAAAAGUUUGAAAUUGGCAAAAAUCAGGUGGUCACGUAUAGUGUUAAAGAUGGCGCGAAUCUGACAGCCAGCUGCAAUUUUAGGGUCACUGUGCAAGAUACUGAGCCACCGACUCUCAAAUCCUGCCCUGCUGACCAGACGCUGGACUUUAACCCACCCCCACUAAAACAAACGAUGCGCGUCUUCUGGACCCCCCCGACUUAUACCGAUAACUCCAAGGUGCAGCCCAAGAUAACUGGAAGCAGCGAAUCAUCGGACGAGUUUGCACUUGGGGAAAAGUUCGUGAACUAUGAGGCGAAAGAUGCCGCAGGCAAUGUUAAUAGGGAAUGCGUUUUCAAGAUUCACUUAAAAACCAAGGGAUGCCCGAACUACCCUCCUCCCAAAAACGGUGCUUUGGCGUGUAACGCGUGGGGUGCAGGGAGCAAGUACUGUACAGUUAGCUGUACCGAUACGAGAGACUUCGCGUUCAAACCUGCCAUGGCCUACCUUUGCAGCAACGCCAAUUGGCAAACGUAUCCAUAUCCUGUACAAAUGCCAUGGCCUGACUGUUCUUUACGCUAUGAUCCGUCAGAAGCCUCUCAAAGGAUGAUGGCCCAGUUCUACUACUACUCCGGCGACUGUAACAGCGAAGAGGCUCAAGAACAGAUCAAAACCAACUUCCUCAAUCUGGCUAAGUUUGGUUUCAUCCCUCCUUUCAUAUCUGACUGCACGGACUUCCAUGUCAAGUGCACUGUGAAGAACGUCAAUGUGUUUUGCGGUGAAACAGACAAAAGAAAGCGAAGACGACGAUCUGCUGUGAAGGAAGUCUACAUCAAGGUUGACUUUGUUGGCGCGGCGACAUCAUCAGUGCCGAGGACUCUAUCCCAGCUAGAGAAUGUGAUGGAAACUCAGACAUCACCGCGGCUCGAUAGUACCCUUAAGGCGGUGGACUGGUCUCCGCUACGCGCUAACUCUGACCUGGAAUUCAAGAAGUUCUCACUGACAAAGCCGGAAGGAUACUGCUCUGCUGACGGUGCUGUUGUGGGAAAGUGCGACUCUUAUGGUUCGGGGUGCCUGAACACCAAUACCCAGUCACAAUGCUCCUGUAACGGAGAUUCUGGAAAAAUCGAGAAAUGCAUUCGCUGCCCAGCAGGGACUUAUUACGACUCGCUUCAUGAGAAGUGUAUGCGAUGCAAGCCAGGGACGUACAGUAGCCACGAGGGCAGUCUAAAGUGCUACAGCUGCCCCGAAGGAUCAUGGACUCUUGGAGACGAGGCCAAGAACUUCACGUCAUGUACAGAAAAGUGCAAGCCCGGUUACUACUCGUCGACUGGUCUGGCUCGUUGUACCAUUUGCCCGCGAGGAGAAUACGCAUCGGGCCACAUGAACAAGAAAUGUACACCUUGUCCCCAGGGCACCACCUCAGUCCUCGCGGCCGCUACAUCCAGAGAGGAGUGUGGAAUGAUGUGCGCCCCCGGUACUUACUCGAGCAGCGGCGUUGAGCCAUGUUUGCCAUGCCCAAAAGGCACAUACCAGACAGCCAUUGGACAGAUGUCCUGCAGCGAGUGCCCUGGAACCAAGUCAACUCAUGGUCCUGGAGCCGACUCGCACGACAUGUGUUUAGAUAUCGAUAAUUGUGCUUCGAGCCCGUGCCAGAACGGAGGUCGCUGCGAAAGUCUGAAGGAUGACUUCCGGUGCGCGUGUCCUGGAGGGUUCACCGGAAGACGAUGUGAGACAGAGCAGGACGAGUGUCUGUCUGAUCCGUGCUACCAGGGAUCAACAUGUAUUGAUAAGGUCAAUGGAUACGAGUGCAUAUGCGCGGCUGGCUACUCCGGUCCAAACUGUGACGUCAUUUCCGGUCUAUGCAGCUCUAGCCGUUGCCAGAAUGGUGCUAAAUGUGUGGCCAAGCCUCCUUCGGGGGCCUGUGAAUGCCCUGAAGGCUACGGCGGCCUGUUCUGUGAGAGGAAAAUGGACUUCUGUGUAUCCGCGCCCUGUAAAAAUGGUGGACUCUGUCGCAGUCUUCAGGAUAAAUUUCAGUGCAACUGCAGGCCUGGUUUCUCAGGCGAUCGCUGUGAAAUAGACAUCGAUGAUUGUGCCAAAAAUCCAUGUCUAAACAACGGCGCAUGCGUUGACCAAGUCAACGGAUAUACCUGCACCUGCAAGGCUGGGUUCGCGGGCUCACGAUGUGACCGCAAUGUUGAUAACUGUUACCCGAACCCUUGUGUUAAUGGAGUUUGCAAGAAUAAAGUGAAUGGAUACGAGUGUGCCUGCAAUCCAGGAUAUUCUGGAAGCACAUGUGCAACUAAGGUUUCUUCAGAUUUUGACCUCCACUUCCCUCUUCGUGUGGUAACAUCGUCAUCUUCAACAAGCAAUAUCCCGGAUUUGACAGUAUUCACCAUUGCCUUCUGGAUGCGGACCACUGAUAGAGAAAACCCCGGCACGCCUAUCUCAUAUGCAACAACCGUAAAUGGAGAGGUUAUUGAUAACGCCCUUGUAUUACAAGAUUACGGUGCUUUCACUCUCCAUGUUAACAAUAAGAAGCAAUUCAUCGGCGUCUCUGCCAACGAUGGCCAUUGGCACCACGUGGCGGUCACGUGGCAAAGCUUAGAUGGCGCGUGGGCUUUUUACUUGGACGGCAAGAAAAUGAAGAGCUCAUUUGGAUUCCAGACCGGCGCGGUUAUUAAAGGUGGAGGGGUCAUGGUACUUGGACAAGAACAGGACACCGUCGGCGAUGGUUUUAACGCUGAAGAGGCGUUCACGGGCGAUAUCAGUCAAAUGAAUGUUUGGAACACAUUUCUCACUGAUAAGGGCGCACAGAAUUUAGUGCACAGCUGCCAGGCCUUUCAAGGCAACGUAAAAGCCUGGGGCGACUUCCGUGCGGAGCUUCAAGGGCUUUACGUCAUCACACCGAAGUCAUACGCAUGUGACGCCUCCAGCAAAAUACGCGGCUACCGAAUGAACCACGAAGCACGCGUUUUAUCUCGUCAGAAGACACUCUCGUCCCAGACUCCUGAGCAGUGUGCGGCUAGCUGCGAACAGGAAGUCACCUUUCCCUGUCGGUCAUUUGAGUACAAUCGCGCGAAUAAAGAUUGCCAUCUUAGUAAAAUGGUGGUUACUGAGUCUAGCGACAUUGUCCCCACGUCCGGCAUCGAUGUCUACCAAUCAGAUUGCGUUGACCCACUCGGCGUUGGUGCUAAGGGCAUCAAAGACUCCGCCAUGACUGCAUCAUCAUCAUUUAAUCCAACCGCAGCUCCAGAAUAUGGGCGCUUACAGUCAUCGCGUAUCGCCGCUGUUGCAGGUUUAAAGGAUAGUUAUGGCGGCUGGCGUCCGUCAUCUAGCAACAAUCAGCAAUUCUUACAAGUGGACUUGGGGGAGAAGACAAGGAUGACAGGCGUGGCUACACAGGGAGCGGACGGCUCCUCACAAUGGGUUACGUCAUAUAAGCUGGAGUACAGCGCUGAUGGCAGCAAGUGGACCAUGUAUGCUAAGGUGCUGACCGGAAACACCGACGACAAAACAAUCGUACGGCAACAGGUCCAGUCUUUUUCGGCCAGAUACGUCCGGUUUAGGCCCCAGGCCUGGAGCGGCGAGAUUGCGAUGCGUGUUGAGAUCUAUGGCUGCAAAGAAUCGGUUCCUGUUGCUAAAGGUACAUGUGUGUCGAAUUCCUGUACUAAUGGUGGAACGUGCGUGGAUUUGCCAAACGAGUUCAAGUGUGUCUGCCCGAGUGGAUAUGAAGGCCGCAGAUGUGAGCACGCGUCUGGGUGUCCUUCCCCGAAAUCUCCAACAAAUGGCAAAAUUGUGUCCAGCACGGGAAGUGGUCACGGAAGUAGCGUGACAGUCACGUGUAACGCAGGCUUCAAGCUGACCGGAGACGGUGUACGGACUUGUAACCACGGACGAUGGACUGGAAACGACCCACAAUGCGUCGAUAUUAACGAGUGCAACAGCGCCAGCAGUCCCUGUGCACAGCAGUGUACAAAUACGGAGGGCAGUUUCACGUGUUCUUGCAACCCUGGGUACAACCUCGGCUCAGAUGGUGUCACAUGUAACGACGUGAAUGAAUGCUCGCUGACUGGUAUCUGUAGUCACAAGUGUUACAACACUAAAGGGAGCUUCCGGUGCGAGUGUCCUGCGGGAAUGGAGCUGGCAGCGGGCGGUCGAUCAUGCCAAGACAAAGAUGAGUGUGCAAUCCAGAAUGGUGGUUGCGAACACGCAUGCGCCAACGGCUAUCUCCGCAGUACAUGUCAGUGCAGGGGCGGUUACAACCUUGAGUCCGAUAUAAGGAGUUGCGCAGAAAUCCACUGUCCGGUAACGACGCCUCCUACUGGUGGAAAAGAAACCAUCCAUGGUGCUCGUAUCCUUGGUAACGUCCUGUCAAUCACGUGUAACCCUGGUUACCGAUUGGUGGGUCCAUCCACUCGGACGUGUCAAGCGGACGGCAAAUGGUCAGGAUCCCAGCCUCGAUGCGAAGCCGUACAAUGCGUGGAUAUUGGAACGAUCAAAAAAGGCGCGCGCACGCUCACCGCUGGACAUUCCUAUGGCAGUCGUGCGCAGUUCUCGUGCAUUUCUGGGUAUGCUCUUGAGGGUGUGGCUCAGCGUUCGUGUCAGCAGGAUGGGACGUGGACAGGGGUGCAGCCGCGAUGUGUCCGCGCCGACUGUCCCGCCCUGAAUGCUCCCGUCAACGGCAAAAUUGAAGGAAACCGCCGUGAAGUGGGAAGCACUGUUAGGGUUUCCUGUGCUACGGGAUAUCGCGUGAAGCCUGAAGAUGGCGCCUUCCGAACGUGCGGGUCAGACAAGAGGUGGACUGGAAGCGACCCUACUUGCAUACUGGUGGAUUGCGGAGAUCCUGGCACGCCAUUUGCCGGAUCACUUAUUGGCUCCACCUUUACCUACAACUCCGUGGUCAGGUACCAGUGUCGCGUGAAACACCAUCUGGAAGGGGACGCAAGCAGAAAAUGCGGGGCGGACGGAAAAUGGACAGGCAAACUACCCACGUGCCUAGAGCGCUCCUGUGGUGAGCCUGGUACACCCCUCCAUGGCAACAAGGUCGGUACAAACCAUACUUACGGCGCGUCAGUCAAGUUCGUCUGUAACCAAGGUUACCAGCUACAGGGAGUUAAUAUCAGGACAUGCGAGGAAUCCACCGGGAAGUGGACUGGGUCCCAACCAACGUGUAAAAUCCGUGACUGCGGUGAUCCAGGAGCCAUUGUCAAUGGUUUCCGUAUCGGUCACGUGUUCACGUAUGGCUCAAGCGUGACCUAUGAUUGUAACCCCGGCUUCAAGCUGCAGGGAAGCAUCACCAGGCAGUGCCAGGCUGAUGGCACUUGGACAGGGAGCACUGCUUCUUGCACAGCAUCCAAUUGCGGUCAAGUCGUGACAGGUCCAUUCGGGACUAUACAGUCUACAAACUUCCCUAACAACUAUGAGAACAACGAGUACUGUACGUGGGAAAUCCGAGUGCCUACUGGUAAGAAAGUACGACUGGACUUCACCGAGCUACGCACAGAGGAGGGCAAGGACCUGGUGAUUAUCUACGACACGGGAAAAACCGAUCCCAUCAUUGCGUUCAGCGGUCUCGUUCACAAACCACGUGCUUUGACGUCAUCGGGCAACACAAUGCGGGUGAGAUUCAUAUCAAACGGCGAAAACGUCAACAAUGGCUUCAAGCUCAAAUACUCACAGACCGAUUGCGGCGGGAUGCUGACCACACGUACCGGCGGCUUCACAUCUCCCAACUUCCCCCAGCAGUACCCAGACAGUGCCUCUUGUAUCUGGCUUAUCCACAUGCCUAACACACAAAUCUCACUUCAAACCCCUGAAUUCAGCACAGAGAACGCCUACGAUAGACUGGAGAUAGCCCAUGGACCCUGGGUAACCUCGCCUCUGGAGAUCGCCUGGUCUGGCCCGAGCCCGGUCAGCGGUGAUGUGGUCACUAAGGAUUACAUGUGGGUUCAUUUCUAUAGCAACUCGAGGAAUGAUCGUUUUUACAAGGGUUUCCGCGCCACGUACAAACCCUACGACCCGUAUGCUAAUCGCAGAUAGUGAGAAUGACAUUUAAUUGUGUAAAACAAUAAAAAAUCUUUAGUUGAGCAACAAGUGCUUGUUUCAUGAGAGGGCGAUAUUUAGGCUUUAGUUCCAAUACCCUUUUAAAAAGGAAUGAAAUAAAAUUUAAGUACUCAAUCCA